CUGUAUAGUACGUAGAACAAGAAUGAAGAUGCUGAGGUUCCUUGUACUACUACUUGUGUUGUCGGCAAUACUUGUUUUUGCUCCUACCGCCACCUCAAUUUCGAUAGCCAAACCCAAGUGCGAUGAUCGUUGCGGGAACGUAAGCAUCCCAUUUCCCUUUGGCAUGACGUCAAAUUGUUAUCUAAACCCAGACUUCCUCAUCACUUGCAACAACUCCUCUCAUCCUCCAAAACCAUUUCUAGUAGACAGUAAAGUGGAGGUAAGGGGCAUAUCGGUAAAAGAGCAGCAGGUGACCAUCAUGACAAAUGUAUAUUCCAGGUGUUAUGAGAAGGGCAAACCCCAAUCCCGAUUGAAGCUAGGGUACAAAUCGGGAUCGUUGAAAUUGUACGUCAGCCAGACCGCCAAUAAAUUCGUCGCUGUUGGCUGCGACACUUAUGCUUACGUUGACGGCAAUGGCGACGACAAUUCCUACAAAAUGGAAGGCUGUAUGGCCUCCUGUGUGGGAAUUGAAGAAGUUAAGAACGGGACUUGCGGCGGGACCGGGUGUUGUGAGACCGACAUUCCUAACGUGGCCAGAAACGUGUACGUUUCAUUGGAUAGUAUAAAUUACUACGGAAACACAUCCAAUGAUGUUAAUAGCUGCAGCUACGCCUUCGUGGUGAAAAGCGACGAGUUCAACUUUUCUUCCACUAUGCUUACCAAAGAUUGGGACGUCAAAGAGGUGCCCACGGUUCUUGACUGGACCGUCCCAGCGGACAAGACGCCCUCCGAAACGGCGUGUAAAGAUAAUACCACGCCUGUUCCUUUCAAUGAUAAUGAGUACCGCUGCGCUUGUAAGGAAGGUUAUGAUGGCAAUCCAUAUCUCUCUGGUUGCCAAGAUAUUGAUGAAUGUGACGUUAAACAGAAGAAUAACUGCUCCCAAAAUGCUAUUUGCACAAAUACGGAAGGUAGUUAUGAGUGCUCUUGCAAGAAAGGUUACCAUGGCGAUGGGAAAGGCGAUAGAGGGUGCAUCCCUUCUAAUCAUCAACCGAUCGGGCUUGUUUUGGGUAUUGCUUUAGGCACUGUAACGUUGGUGAUCACUGUUUUUUGUGUGUACUUGGGAUAUCGACGGAGAAAAUCAAUAUUGAUGAAAGAGAAAUUUUUUAGGGAAAAUGGAGGAUCGAUUCUGCAACAGAAAAUUGCCCAAGGUAGUGCAUCUUCUCGCACAACAAGAAUUUUCACUACUGAUGAGCUUAAAAGGGCAACCAACAACUACGACCAAACUAGAAUAAUUGGUCAAGGAGGUUUUGGAAUUGUCUACAAAGGACACCUCCUUGACGGCCGAAUAAUAGCUGUUAAAAAGGCAAAGAUGAUGGACCCAACCCAAGUCGAGCAGUUCAUCAAUGAGGUAAUUGUGCUCUCCCAAAUCAAUCACAGAAACAUAGUUAAACUCUUUGGUUGCUGUUUAGAGAAAGAAAUUCCAUUAUUGGUUUAUGAGUUCAUAAGCAACGGGACGUUGUCUGAGCAUCUACACAACAAAGACAAGGCAUCCAAAAUGCCAUGGUCAACCCGUUUAAGAAUAGCAACAGAAACAGCUGAGGUCCUCUCUUAUUUGCACUCUGCCGCUUCUCCCCCCAUCAUCCAUAGAGAUGUUAAAUCUGUAAAUAUUCUCCUUGAUGAUGAUUGCACCGCCAGGGUAUCCGAUUUUGGUGCAUCGAGAUUAGUCCCUCAAGAUCAAACUCAAUUGACAACAAUGGUGCAAGGAACAUUUGGUUAUCUAGAUCCUGAGUACUUGCAAACUAAUCAUUUAACAGAAAAGAGUGAUGUUUAUAGUUUCGGAGUUGUCCUUGUGGAGUUGCUAACGAGUAGGAGGGCUCUAUCUUUUGAUGGUCCAGAGAAAGAGAGACAUCUAUCUCAAUAUUUUCUUUCAUUGUUGAAAGAGAAUCAGCUGUUCAAAAUUGUUGAUGCCAAAAUUGUUUGUGAGGAAAACACUGAAGAGUUACAAGAGGUUGCCUUGCUUGCAAAAAGGUGUUUGAAUGUGAAGGGGGAGGAUAGGCCGACCAUGAAAGAAGUUGCAGUGGAACUAAGUGGAUUGAGGAGAGCAGCAAAACAUCCAUGGACCAAUAAUUUAGAGACUUCAAUUGAAUCAGAGGCUCUACUUACUGCACAACCAAUCCCCUUUGGAUAUAAUGCUACUUUCAGUAUAUCAACAUCUGAAUAUGAUAGUUUAAAACAUCAUAUGGAGCUUCCCGUAGCUGCUGGAAGAUAAUUGCAUCCAAUUCAUCUCAGCAACUUAGCCACCCGCCUAUUCCCAAUUCUGAAAAUAAUAUAAAUAAUGAUUUGUUUGUAUUAUUCGUUGUGAUAAAAAUUAAAAUAGUUACUGUAUUUCAAAUGAAAUUAUGUUGGAUCUCCUUUAGUUGAAUUCUGUAUUCCUUUGAACUUCAA